AUGCCCUUCAUACCCCUGAACCGGAAAUCAAUCUUCUACACCCUCACCCCUCAAACGGAAACCCUCCAGAACCCAGUAACCACACUCUUCAUCCACGGACUGGGUUCCUCGUCUACAUUCUACCAUACUUUUAUUUCCUCCCUCUCUAGCGUCUCGACAUGUAUUACUUUCGACACCCCCGGAUCCGGUUUAUCUUCUCUGGCUGAUUCAAAUUCGCCACAAACUGUUGCGUCGAUUGUCGAUGAUGCAAUUGCACUUCUGGAUGCACUUUCCGAAACUGCAGGUAAGGGGAAAGUCUGGGUGGUGGGCCACUCGAUGGGUGGGAUUAUUGCGUGUGAACUCGCUAUUAGACAUGCGCAAAGAGUUGAGGGAUUGGUUUUAAUAGGACCGGUGGUGCCGAGUCCGGCUUUGACGGAGGUUUUUGGGAAGAGGAUGGAAAUGGUUAGGAAAGAUGGGCUUGAAACGCUAGCCAAUUCGAUACCAGAAGCUGCAACAGGUACUCAAGCUACAUCUACGCAGAAAGCUUUUAUUAGGGGUUUGAUUCUUGGGACUAGUACGCAAGGCUACAUAUCAUCGUGUGGAGUUAUUGCUUCGGCCAGUAGACCGGAUUAUGCUAGGAUUAAGGUACCGAUGAUCAUUCUAGCGGGAAGUGAUGAUAAGACGGCGUCUUAUGAGGGGUGUAAAAUGAUUCAUGAUGAGGCGGGUGUGAGUGCGGUGAAGAAGUGUGUUAAGGUUCUUCCGGGGGUGGGCCAUUGGCAUGCUAUUGAGGCGCCGGAAGCUGUGGCGAAGGAGUUUGUGGAAUUUGUUAAUAGUAUCAAUAAAUAA